GUUGAAAAUGUAACCAAACACAAUCUUUACAGUAAUUUCUAUUUCUCUCUCCGUCCGUCAUUGCUGACCAACCACUCGUAUUAAAACCCCAUACAAAUCAAACACCUCCAAACCAUUCACUUUUUAUAGCCCCUCAACAUUACGCUUCCUUCCUCCAUUGCAAAAACAACAACAUCUAGAGAGAGAAACACAGAAAUGCAGACGGCUCCCUCCCUCUCCGCGUCUCUUGGAGACCAAUUUGCACAAACCGCCGCCGAAGUUACCGAAUCGCUCAGCGGCAAGCUCGAAUUGGACGAUUCUAACAGUAAUCAAAUGGAAGAUAGAGUUGACGGCGAAUUUGAAUUUGAAGCUGGAAAGGAGGAUGACGAAGAAGAAGAAGACAACGAGGAUUUCUCGUUUGUGUUUAACGACGCUAAUAAAUCGCCGAUUUCGCCCGACGAUGCGUUUCAGGACGGUCAGAUCCGGCCGGUUUUUCCUUUGUUCGACCGACAACUACUCGCUGGAGACGAUUCGGUGCCUUCCGAGAAGGAUUUGCCGCUUCGACCUCAGGUGAGGAAGGUCUUCAUCGAAGCGCCGACGGAAACCGAGGAAACAGAGACAGAAGCCACCGGUCCGUACUGCGCUUGGUCCAAAAAGGCCGUCGAGGCGUCGCCGGAGUCGUGCAAGAAGAGCAGUUCCACCGGAUUCUCCAAGCUCUGGAGGUUCCGAGAUCUAUACAGUCGGAGCAACAGCGACGGCAGGGACGCGUUCGUGUUCUUGAACGGCUCACCGACCACGAGCGCAAAGAAAGAGGACAAAGUUGAGAAGACGGAAUCGUCGUUGUCGGAGAAGAAGAAGCCCGCCGUCGAGGUUAAGGUUAACGUUAACGCCGGCGGAAGCAAAGCGAAGGCGAAGAAGGCAGAGAAGGUUGAGAAGUCGUCGUUGUCGGCUCAUUACGCGAGGAACAGAGCCUUGAAGGAGGAGGAUCGACGACGAUCGUACCUUCCGUACCGGCCGGAGCUCGUCGGAUUCUUCACGAAUGUGAACGGUGGUCUGAGCAGGAACGUACACCCGUUCUAAGCACAGUUCCAUCCAUUUUCUUUUUGUGUAGUACCUUUUUUUUCUUUUUCUUUUUGGGGGGUCAAAUUAUUUUAUUUAUUUUUAAAUGUAUUUACACUUGUAUGGAUAAACAUCGCUUGGCUGGAGACACUAGAAAGGUUAAUUUGGGUUUUGAUUUCUCCUAGUUUAGGGUUCUUAAUUAAAUACGAUGAAGCUCUGUAAAUUUAAUAGCUAUAGUUUGAUUGAUCUUGAUUGCAUUUUUUAAUAAUUAAAUGAUCAAACUUUGUCUCA